AUGUCCCGCACACCCAACACACCGAGUCGUGCUUUCCAGAUUCGCACAAAUGGGCUUUUCAAGAAAGGUAACACUCUAUUCAACCUGCUACACCCCAAGGUUACGAUCCUCAUUCAACCUGGUAACGACGUGAUCCCUGGAAGUGGAGAACCACUCGCCUAUGCCUCCCACAGAAGAGAAGAGUGGCCAGAACUCUAUGACUUUUUUGAGUCAGCCGGUGUGAGACCUCAAAAAGUCUUCGGGCCCGAUGAUUUUGAUACAGUGGCUGCCCGCCAAUCUAGUGCCCCCAAGGAUCGGGCGCCUGUCACCAGACACCAGGUCUCUGGUCAUCGCCGGGAUACUCCAUUCCCUGAGAUGCCCCAUCACCCGGGUUUCUUUCAAUCGGCCCCAGAGAGUCAAUCCUCUGACUCUUGCCGUGAGACUCCAUUUUCAGAAAUGCCUGCUGUGUCUCAGCAGGUUAGUUUGGUUGCAUCCGGCCUGGAGAGCCAGGCUCCCGAGUCGCUCCGAGCAACUCCAGUCCCAGACAUGACUUCUAUGCACUCCCAUGCGUCAUAUGAUAGACUUGAAACAGAGCAGGACUUUGAUCAGUCACUACUCUCUAUACUCAGUGAGCCACUUGAGCAGAAGUUUGAAGCACAGACUCAGCCUAAAGUGACGCAUAGAGCAGAGCAGCGAAUCAAAUCCUCUGGGCGGCCUGAUGAUGGCUUGCGUUGGUCUGGCGAAGCAACACCGCAUGUCACCAACAAACGGAAGGCGACCACAGAAGCAGAGGGAAUGAGGAAGCGACGAUCCACAGCUGGGCCUGAGGAUCGAGACCGACGCCGUAAGAUGAUGACCCGAUCACAAGGACGUUCUUAUUACUCUUGA